GUAGUCAUGCGCAUCUCAAAUACGGUUCACUAUAGCCUUAACGUAUCCGAGGGUGCCCAAGAAUUUUCGAGGCUCUUGCCGCCAAGUGGACACCUAAUUCACCUGGACGACGCUAAUGCACACGGAACAACCAAGAAUUACACCGUCACGCUUUUUCAUCAGCUCCGUUGCCUCGAUAUCAUCAGGCGGGAAUAUGUCAGAACGAGUGACAUCUCCCGUACGCCCUCGACUCUCACUCACCACUGCAUGAACUACCUUCGGCAGACGAUUUUAUGUCACCCGAAUCUCCGACUGGAGUCUGCCAGGUACCCGAUGGGUCCCAAGUCGACCACGACUCAGAUAUAUGAUGCAGUGUGUAAUGACUGGCGCGAGGUGUAUGCGGAUGCGAAGAGGAAUCAUAAGUUGUACGGUGAUAGACGUGCUCCGGAUAAUACUAGUUGA